UUGCCUUUGCCUUUGGCCUUUGGCUUUGGGUUCGUACGACUUCCUCUCACUGAUCGACCCUGACAUAGUGACAAGAGACUGAGAGUGGGAUGAGAGCGCGGUGAAACGGACUUGAAGACCAAUGAUUUUAUGUACGAAAAGUACUGAGAUCCUCUGACCAAAGGAAAUGCACCCGAACAUGGCUUUGUGAACGAAACUAUUUACAAUUAUUUUAGUCCACGUACAUGUAACGACGUGGUGUAUCUACCUCGCUACCGAAUACAGCUCAAGGCUGCUUGGCAUCUGUCCAGAGCUUCAAAAGUGCGAGACCAGGUCUGAGGAUCUGCGAGGAGUGGGGCCGCGAGAACUACCCAGAUUGGCAAUUGCUACUGGAAACGCCAUAGAGCGGUAGAAACCUUCAGAACUGACCUGGAGUGGAGAGGAUAUUGUUGCCGUCAUACUUCACCCCCAGUGCCGAUACCGCUAUGCUGGCUCGACGAGCGGCUGACAUGAGCGCAGACGUUGAAGGAUUUCGCCGUGCCGCUAGUGCAGGUGGUCGAGCACCGCUGUGUGAUGAAGACUAUCUUGAACCAGCCCUUGGUGCAGUGCUUGUGCAGAGAUAUCAAGGUGGUCGCAAUGUAGGUGGCUUUUUCCACGGUCGUGGCACAGCAGAGCUACAUGGAGGCCAUACAUACCAGGGUCAAUUUCAGAAUGGCUACAUACACGGCAAGGGACUGCUGACAUUUGCUAGUGGUAUCAAGCUGGAUGGUGAGUUUGUCAACAACAAGCCAGAUGGGUUUGCAAGUAUAUUCUACCCGGAUGGAAGUGAAUACAAAGGGAACAUUGUGAACGGCACUCGGCAUGGUAGCGGAGUGUACGUUCAUGAACCGUCCAAGACACUCUUCAAGGGUGACUGGGUGAAUGGUGUGCGUACUGGCAAGGGUCGUAUGGUCUACUGUUACGCUCCAAUGGAGUCGUAUGAUGGAGACUGGACAGACAAUGUGAGGAACGGACAUGGAAAACAAAUCUACAAGUCUGGGAAUACCUAUGAAGGCAACUGGGUCAAUGGCUGCCGUACUGGCCAUGGCUGUUUCACCUGGACUGCGCGGUCCGAGCGCUACACUGGCCAGUGGAAGAAUGGUAUUAUGCAUGGGCAUGGAGAACAUCGAUGGAUGAAGCGUACCUCUCUUGAUCAUCCUAUCCAAACGCAUUAUGUCGGAGAUUUCGUGGAAGGAAUACGGCAAGGACAUGGCACGAUGUCCUAUUCGAAUGGAAUGGAGUACAGCGGCAGUUGGGAGAACAACCUCAAACAUGGCAAAGGCACAAUCACAUCAACCAAUGGCGUCAAAUUCAGCGGUUUGUUUGAAAACAACAUUUUCAGCGGAGUCCUUCCAAAGGAAGUGUUACGGCAGAUGGGAGGCGAAAAUGGAAGUGGAGAAGUCCAAGGUGCCAGAAUUGGACGCGAAGAUGCAGCGCUGAUGUUGCUUCUAGGUGACAUUGGCGGCCAUAGCUGUGACGACGUGGACGCAACUCGCACGUAUAACUAUGUUGUUGAGCAGGAGCUGCUGGCGGGAAUCAGUGAAGAUGAGCGACAUGACCACCUCCUGGAGGUGCACAAUGCGCUGCUAAAGUACAUUGACAGGCUGGAGGCGGCAUACGCAUACUACAACUCUAUUGGAAAGGACACUGACGAGGUGGAGGAAUCACAGAUCAUGACACGUAGCCAGUUCUGGGUGCUGUGUGAAGAUUUACAGCUGUACCGUGACGACUACACGUUCGCGCAGGUUGAUCGCAUCAUCGGCAAGGGUCUCAUAGAGGGAAAAUCCCUGCAUGACCCCAACUACUGUGUCCCAUUCCGGCUAUUCUUGCAGUGGAUAACGUUCUUAGCAUUUGAUCUCUACAAAGAAGAUCCUAAAGUCCAAGCUGCUCGGUAUCCACUUGCUGUCUGUGUGAGCAAGUUUGUGAGGAAUGACCUCGGCCAGUGUGCUUGCCAGCAUCAGAGUCUUGUUUACCAGCGUCCGGAGUUGCUGCAUGCCAUCCUGCCAUACAGAUCUCUCUGUUAUGACUUCUACACGGCACUGUGCUCAAUGGACGUUAUGUUUCAGCGGCCUCGUCCGGUGAUUGAAGGCGAAGAGCAACUGCCCACGGCCAGCGAUUUCAUGAUGAUGUUGAAGACACUGAAGCUGUACAGUGGCCGGAUCACGCAUCCGGUGGCAUGCGACGCCAUCGCCACGACCAGCCCGAAUGCGCACCACGCCGACACCGUCGCAAAUAUGGAGCACGAGAUCACCUACCAUCAGGUGUUCACAGCACUGGCGCUCUGCUCCGUACACGGUGACGACCCUCCGGCAGGUUCACGCUGCGUGUCGGCGAACGUUGUCUCCAAAUCGAGUGUCGCCGCGGUCGAAUCUGAAAAAGUGUCCGAAGUAGCCGUCGCCGUGGAUCGCUUCGCUCAGCUCUUUCAGGCACAAUCGCGUGGCGCUGGUGACAGUGAUGGCAGUCAGGCUAGCCUUGAUGGUGCUCCGUCACGACUGUCAGCCACGCCCAGUCAAACGGGAACCAGCACUGGCUCGCACACAUCACUCGGCAGUCAGCAACAGCAGCAGCAACAACAAGUACGUGGACGCAAAUCAGGUGCAGCAAGUAUGGAGGGCCCAGUGGCUGAGGUGGUAACGGAGACCAAUCUGGAGUCUAGCUCGACUGGCUCGUUGCGAGCGACGUCUCGCCCAGAGUCGCAGCCCGAUUCACGGCCCGGCUCACAGCCAGGCUCGCGACCCAGCUCGCGGCCCGGCUCUGGCAAAUCAAGUGAACGCUCACAGUCUGCCACCAGUGACAAAGGUGGCACCCAUGGGUCACAGCAUGAACUCGCCCAAGAUUCCUAUGAAAAGGAGAUGGCAAAGCUGAGUGGUCGACUCGAGUAUUUCUUCAGAGCGAAGCUGACCCCGGCGUUUGCAGCAUGGCAAGCCGGGAACUCGCAAGCAGACAGCACGAGUCAGGUGCAGCCAUGAUGACUGUAAUGGUUGCAGUCUUGGUGGUGUGACACGUCAAACAAAACGCCCGCUGUGCUUGUUUCACCUGCGCACUGCUCUCCAUUUCAUGUCGUGGUGUGCACAUGCCCAAGGCUAGUCGGCUCUGACGGUGCUGCGGAUGGUGUACUCGAAGUGCAUGCAGAAUACUUUAUGUACCCUUGAUUUGAACCCUUGAGGCUUUCUCGUUUGCCAUCCACUUCAUACAUGUAUUGACAAUCGAUAAUGAUGGAAUAUCAUUUGUGUGAUCUUGGAGACUCUCAACUUGACUGACAUGAACAUAAUUGCUUGGGGAACGUUGUCCAGGUGCAAAUAAGCAAAGCAGCUAUUUGAAUCUGUUUGGGUUUGGCUUUCACCCCUAUCUCGUGUCUUUGCCAGGCCUUGGUGGGAUAUCAAUCUGUUGCAGUCGUGCAUGCAUUAUUAUUGUAGCGAAGUGGUAGUACUUGAUCGCCGGGUCACUGAUGUGCCCAUGAAUGUUAUGUACUUUUAAGUACAUAACAAACAAUGUACAUGUACUCAAUGCUGCAGACAACUAUAUGUAUAUUGUAUGUCUGCUUGAACUUUCAGCCAAUGUGGCCUGACUUCAAUGCGUAAUAUACUUGUGUGUGCGGAGGUUUCCUAGUGCUCCCGUUGCGAAGAGUUUACUCAGUCAUCAGAAUUAUGUCCAUUGAAAAUUAAUUCAGUCUUCCUCGUCAAAGAGGAAGUUCCCUUUUGAUACA